AGAUACCUGGAUGAUCUCAAUGAAGGGAUUUACAUUCAGCAAACUCUGGAAACAGUGCUGCUGAAUGAGGAUGGAAAACAACUAUUGUGUGAAGCCCUUUAUUUGUAUGGUGUCAUGCUCCUUGUCAUUGAUCAGAAAAUUGAAGGCGAAGUCCGAGAGAGGAUGCUUGUUUCCUAUUAUCGAUACAGUGCUGCUCGCUCUGCUGACUCCAAUAUGGAUGAUAUAUGUAAGCUGCUUCGGAGCACGGGGUAUUCAAGUCAGCCCGGAGCGAAAAGGCCCGCAAACUAUCCGGAGAGUUAUUUCAGCAGGGUGCCCAUCAACAAAAUAUUCAUCAGCAUGGUGAUUGGCCGCUUGAGGUCAGAUGAUGUUAUUAGCAUUUACAUGGGAAUAUCAGUCAAUCUGGGAGAAGCCUGGGAGCCAUACAAGGCUGCCAAAACAGCUCUGAACUACACACUGGAUCUUUCCAAUGUUAAGGAGCAGGCCAGCCGAGCUGCCGCUGUCACUGAGCGUGUUCACACCCAAGUGCAACAAUUUCUUAAAGAAGGUUGUUUAAGAGAAGAGAUGGUGCUUGACAACAUCCCAAAACUGCUGAACUGCUUAAGAGACUGCAACGUGGCCAUCCGCUGGCUGAUGCUUCAUGCUGCAGACUUGGCUUAUGAUCCAAAUAACAAGCGCCUCCGCCAGAUAAAAGACCAAGUUCUCACUGACUCCAGAUUCAAGCCCAGGAUCCUUUUCCAGCUCCUCCUGGAUACAGCCCAGUUUGAAUUCAUUUUGAAAGAGAUGUUCAAACAAAUGUUGUCCGAAAAGCAAACGAAGUGGGAGAGCUACAAGACAGAAGGAUCAGAAAGAAUGGCUGAAUUGGCAGAUGUCUUUUCAGGAGUGAAACCAUUAACCAGAGUGGAGAAAAACGAAAAUCUGCAAGCCUGGUUUAGAGAAAUCUCCAAACAAAUCAUGUCUCUGAACUACAACGACUCCACUGCAGCAGGCAGGAAAACAGUGCAGUUAAUUCAAGCUUUGGAAGAGGUCCAGGAAUUUCACCAACUGGAGUCCAAUCUGCAAGUUUGCCAGUUUCUCGCAGACUCUCGCAAGUUUCUGCAUCAAAUGAUCCGAACCAUCAACAUUAAAGAAGAGGUUUUAAUCACCAUGCAGAUAGUAGGGGACCUUUCCUACGCUUGGCAGCUCAUUGACAGUUUCACCUCUAUCAUGCAGGAAAGUAUAAGAGUCAGCCCAUCUAUGGUAACCAAACUCCGGGCCACCUUUUUAAAGCUGGCUUCAGCUCUUGACAUGCCACUUCUUCGCAUCAAUCAAGCAAACAGUCCUGAUCUUCUCAGUGUAUCACAGUAUUAUUCUGGAGAACUGGUAUCCUAUGUAAGGAAGGUUUUACAGAUCAUUCCAGAAAGCAUGUUCACUUCUCUCCUGAAGAUUAUAAAACUGCAGACUCAUGAUAUCAUUGAGGUGCCAACUCGCUUGGACAAGGACAAGCUGCGAGAUUAUGCUCAACUUGGACCACGCUAUGAGGUUGCUAAGCUUACGCACGCCAUCUCCAUUUUCACGGAAGGCAUCCUGAUGAUGAAAACAACAUUGGUUGGCAUCAUCAAGGUUGACCCAAAGCAGUUGCUUGAAGAUGGAAUUAGAAAGGAGCUGGUCAAACGAGUGGCUUUUGCCCUACACCGAGGGCUCACCUUCAACCCUAGAGCUAAGCUCAGUGAGCUGAUGCCCAGACUGAAAGAUAUGGCAGCCACCAUGGAUGGGUUCCACCGUUCCUUUGAGUACAUCCAGGACUAUGUCAACAUCUGUGGAUUAAAAAUCUGGCAGGAAGAAGUAUCCCGUAUUAUUAAUUACAACGUGGAGCAGGAAUGCAACAACUUCUUAAGGACAAAGAUUCAAGACUGGCAAAGCAUCUACCAAUCCACCCAUAUUCCAAUACCCAAAUUUGCACCUACAGACGAAUCUGUUACUUUUAUUGGUCGCCUCUGCAGAGAAAUUCUGAGAAUCACUGACCCAAAGUCUGCCUGCUAUAUUGAUCAGCUUAACACCUGGUAUGAUAUGAAAACUCACCAGGAAGUCUCCAACAGUCGCUUGUUUGCCGAGAUCCAGAACACUUUGGGAACCUUUGGUCUCAACGGAUUAGACCGUCUUCUCUGCUUCAUGAUUGUCAAAGAGUUGCAGAAUUUCCUCAUCAUGUUUCAGAAAACAGUGCUGCAUGAUAAAGGGGUCCACGAAGCGUUGAAGUCUCUCAUGAAGAGUGUCAGCCCUUUGAAAGGACUUGUGGCUAAUUGUAAUAGAGUCUAUUCUACAGCAAUUACCAAAACACAGAGGAUCUGGGCUGCCUACCUUGACACAAUUAUGAAGGUUGGCCAGAUGCAAAUUUUAAGACGCCAAAUAGGCAAUGAACUGAACUAUUCCUGCAGAUUCGACUCCAAGCAUUUAGCAGCUGCCCUGGAGAACCUUAACAAAGCAAUCCUGGCUGAUAUAGAGGCCCACUAUCAGGACCCUUCUUUGCCUUGCCCCAAAGAAGAUAACACCCUCCUGUAUGAAAUUACCGCUUACCUGGAGGCUGCUGGCAUCCAUAAUCCACUGAAUAAGAUCUACAUUACGACAAAACGAUUGCCGUAUUUCCCCAUUGUGAAUUUUCUGUUUCUGAUUUCCCAGUUGCCAAAACUUCAAUACAGUAAAAACUUAGGGAUGGUUUGUCGAAAGCCAGCUGAUCCCAUUGACUGGCCACCUCUGGUACUGGGGCUCCUGACUUUGCUGAAGCAGUUUCAUUCUCGCUACACUGAACAAUUUCUGGGUCUGAUCGGUCAGUUUGUUCGCUCCACAAUGGAACAGUGCACCAGCCAGAAGGUCCCAGAAAUGCCAGCAGAUGUUGUGGGCGCCCUGCUUUUUUUAGAAGAUUAUGUUCGUUACACAAAAUUACCAAGAAGGGUGGUCGAGGCCCACGUGCCUAAUUUCAUUUUUGAUGAAUUUCGGACAGUUCUGUGAAAUAUCAACUGCUGGUUCUGAAUGGAAACAAGAAACAAACCUCAAUAGGUGAUAAGGAGGGG